CCGAAGGCAGAGGCUUAAACCACUGAGCCACCCAGGCGCCCCUAUCAGUAUUGCCUUUAUUGGUAUUACUUUACUUUUAUUUUUAAUUUUUUCUAAGUAAGCUUGUCCAACAUGGGACUUGAACUCACAACCUCGAGAUUGAGAGACGCACGCCCUGCCCACCGAACCGGCCAGGAGCCCCACCUUUGCUAGGUAUUCCUUUUUUUUUCUUAAGGAUUUUUAAAAAUUUUCUCAAGGAAGCAGUUGCCUGCUGUGGCUCCCGUCCUCUGGGCUUCGGGCGCCGUGACCCCACCGUGCACUCUCUGGUCCGGAUUCUUCCCGAGGUUGUCAUCCGCACGUGGCUCCCGCAGUUUCGCGGUGAAUAAUCGCGACAGCCGGGAGGAAGUGAGCCGCCCUUCACAAGUAUGGUUGCAGUUGCCUCACUUCCUGCGUCACGUGAUGCGCCCAUAGUUGUCACAUGACCCACUCGCUCCGUUCUGCCGGACUUAACCCUGCAGGACGAACUCGGGGUCUGUAGCUGCGGCUGGGACCUGCAUCCCAGUUCUCAUCUAGUGGCUCCUCCAUCCUUCUGAGGCUGGACCCCCACAGCCCCCUCACCUGCUGAUGGAGCGUUCAAGUCCUCCCAGAGGAGAAUGUUCCCGGCCUCUGGACAGGGCGGGUUUCAGGGCUGCCAGCCUCACGGGACUGCUGCUCCUUCAGGUGAUAUCGUGGGCAUCAGCCCUGGCCUCCGCUUGUGCUCCCUCCCCGCCAGGUGCCCGGCCCUGCAUCCCUAAAAGCUUCGGCUACAGCUCGGUGGUGUGUGUCUGCAACGCCACGUACUGUGACUCUCUUGACCCCCUGACCCUGCCGGCCCCGGGCACCUUCAGCCGCUAUGAGAGCACGCGCAGCGGACGCCGGAUGGAGCGGAGUCUGGGGACCAUCCGGGCCAACCGCACGGGCACAGGGCUCCUGCUGACCCUGCAGCCAGACCAGAAGUUCCAGAAAGUGAAGGGGUUUGGAGGGGCCAUGACAGACGCCGCUGCCCUCAACAUCCUCGCCCUGUCCCCCCCUGCCCGGGACUUGCUACUCAAAUCUUAUUUCUCUGAAGAAGGCAUCGAGUACAACAUCAUCAGGGUCCCCAUGGCCAGCUGUGACUUCUCCAUCCGCACCUACACAUAUGAUGACACCCCUGAUGACUUCCAGUUACGAGACUUCAGCCUCCCCGAGGAGGACGUCAAGCUCAAGAUACCCCUGAUUCACCAAGCUCUGGCGCUGGCCCGGCGCCCCGUGUCACUGUUCGCCAGUCCCUGGACAUCACCCACGUGGCUGAAGACCAAUGGGGCUGUGAAUGGGAAGGGGUCACUCAAGGGUCAGCCUGGGGAUAUCUACCACCAGACCUGGGCCAGAUAUUUUGUGAAGUUCCUGGAUGUCUAUGCAGAGCACAAGCUACACUUCUGGGCAGUGACGGCAGAAAACGAGCCCUCGGCAGGGCUGCUCAGCGGGUACCCCUUCCAGUGCCUGGGCUUCACCCCCGAACACCAGCGAGACUUCAUCGCUCGGGACCUGGGUCCCGCCCUCGCCAACAGUACGCACCGCGACACCCGUCUGCUCAUCCUGGAUGACCAGCGCUUGCUGCUGCCCCACUGGGCCCAGGUGGUGCUGGCGGACCCAGAGGCGGCUAAGUACGUGCACGGUGUGGCCGUGCACUGGUACCUGGACUUCCUGGCCCCAGCCAAGGCCACCCUGGGGGAGACACACCGCCUGUUCCCCGACAUCAUGCUCUUUGCCUCGGAGGCCUGUGUGGGCUCCAAGUUCUGGGAGCAGAGUGUGCGCCUGGGCUCCUGGGACCGGGGAGUACAGUACAGUCACAGCAUCAUCACGAACCUCCUGUACCACGUGGCCGGCUGGACCGACUGGAACCUCGCCUUGAACCCAGAAGGGGGGCCCAACUGGGUGCGCAACUUCGUGGACAGCCCCAUCAUCGUCGACAUCGCCAAGGACGCGUUUUACAAACAGCCCAUGUUCUAUCAUCUCGGCCACUUCAGCAAGUUCAUCCCCGAGGGCUCCCAGAGAGUGGGGCUGCUGGCCAGCCAGAAGAACAGCCUGGACGUAGUGGCACUGACCCGUCCCGAUGGCUCGGCGGUUGUGGUGGUGCUGAACCGCUCCCCGAAGGACGUGCCUCUUACCAUCGAGGACCCUGGCGUGGGCUUCGUGGAGACGCUGUCCCCAGGCCACUCCAUCCACACCUACCUGUGGAGCCGCCCGUGAUGGAGCCUGGGUGUGGGCAUUAAAGGGGUACAGCCAGCUCA